GAGGGCCAUCGUCUCCAUAUUUUUAACGAACUGAGAAUGUGAGGACUCAAAAUGGCAGUAAAGGCUCAUGGUUUCUCCAAAAUUUGUCAGCUUCCCAUACCGUCUUGGCCGCGAGGAAUCGGCAAAAGGGAAUGCUUUUCCGGCGACGAUAAACCAGUGAGUAAGUCCGGCGUUACUUUCCCGUUAUAACCCCAUUUGGGUUCUCUCAUCUUUAGUUGCAACGCUACAUAAAUAUCUGCUCCUCUAUUGUGUAUAAGAUUAAGUAUUGUAGAACUGCUACUAUGAUUUUUUAAUUUUUUUUAUAAUCUUGGGUAGAUCAGGAUUUACUGUUUCUAUGAAGUAGAAAGGUCAGACUUUGAAUGCUAAUAUAGACUUUUCUGCCUUGUAUUAUUGAGAGAAUGCUCAGCAUCUUAGUACAGACCACAUAGUCAACAAUCAAACUUAGAACCCAAUAUCAAUUGAACUACUACUUCUCCUUUUUGAACAUAUGUUUUAGUUUUCAUUGGCAAAGGGCAUUUCUUUUUGUUGCCAAAACUCGAUCAGUUGAGUUAAUUAGGAUGAAGGUUGAAGUUGAAUUGAUCUCUGAGGAGAUUAUCAAACCAUCUUCUUCAACCUCUGAUGAUCUUCACCAUUACCAGCUUUCCUUCCUUGAUCAGUUAUCUCCUCCUGUUUAUAACCCUUUGGUCCUCUUUUAUGAAUUCAGUGACCAGACUAUGCCUAGUGUUACUGAAAUAUCCAACUGCCUUAAGAAGUCCUUAGCCGAGGUCUUGACUCUUUUCUACCCAUUAGCGGGUCGAAUCAGAGAUAACAAAUAUGUAGACUGCAAUGAUGAGGGCAUUCCCUAUGUUGAAGCUCAUGUGAAGUGUGAACUUUCUGAAGUUCUGAACAAUCCGGUCCCUGGUGAAUUCAGUAAGUUCAUGCCGUUUGAACUGGAUAAUAUUGAUAAUAAGUUUCCUCUAGGCGUCCAGCUUAAUAUCUUUGAAUGUGGAGGAUUUGCUAUUGGUCAUUGCAUUGCUCACAAGCUUGCAGAUGGAUUAUCUCAUUUCAUGUUCAGUAAAACUUGGGCUGCCACUGCCCUCGGAGAUAAGGCCAAAAUAGAGCAUCCAGAGUUUAUUUCUGCAAAACUCUUCCCACCAAGGGAUUUUACUGCCUAUGAUGCAGGCCUUGGCAUCACAAGGAAUAAAGUAGCAAAGAGGUUUGUGUUUAGUACCUCUAUAAUAGAGGCUCUUAGAGCAAAAUAUAGGGACAGUGAAGGCUUAGAAAACCAGAAACCCCCAUCACGUGUUGAUGCUUUGUCGGCUUUCAUAUGGAGCCGAUAUGUGGCCAACACCAAGGAUACAGGACCUACUGAGAAAUUGUACAUGGUUCUCCAUUCUGUGAACCUGCGUCCAAGGUUUGACCCCCCAUUGCCACACCUUUCUUUUGGAAAUCUUUAUCGUGCUGCCAUGACAGCUCCUUUCUUGAGUAGGGGGGAAGAACGCUAUGGUCUGGUGAUGAGACAGGUUCGAGCAGAGAUAGACAAGAUUGACAAUCACUACAUGAAAUGUCUACAACAAGGUGAUGAUCACUUGAGUGAGCUUAAUGAAAGUGUUGAUAGUGUUAUCAGCGGAGAGCUGAUUACAUUUAGCUUCAGUAGUUUCUGCAGAUUUCCUCUGUAUGAUAAUGAUUUUGGUUGGGGAAAGCCUACGUGGGUAUCUUCACCACCAUUGACCUUCAAGAAUCUAGUGGUGUUCAUGGAUAGAAAAGAGGCUGAUGGAAUAGAGGCAUAUAUUAGCUUGGAGGAAGAAGUCAUGGCUAAGUUUGAAACUGAUAUCGAGUUCUUAGCUUAUGCGUCUCCAAGCGGGUGGUGAACUGUUGUGUUUGUUGACAAUAAUCUUCUCUUUAGAGUUGAUCCAUCGUUGCUCUGCAGCUAGGUAACCAGUUUGGUAAUGUGGCCGAAUUGCUCUAUUUUUCUUAAUGUAAAACUAUCAGUUUGAAUCACAAGAUUUAUUAACCAAAUUGUGGACUUAAUUUUUGG